AUGGCUGCAGAGAUGGAGCCCUCCGAUGUGAUCCGCCUCAUCAUGCAGUACCUGAAGGAGAACAACCUGUACCGGACACUGACCACCCUGCAGGAGGAGACCACCGUGUCCCUCAACACGGUGGAGAGCAUCGACAGUUUCAUCGCGGAUAUAAAGAGCGGCCACUGGGACUCCGUCCUGCUGGCGAUCGAGUCCCUGAAGCUGCCCGACAACACGCUGAUCGAUCUGUAUGAGCAGGUCGUGAUGGAGCUCAUUGAGAUGAGGGAGGUGGGGGCGGCCCGCUCACUCCUCAGACAGACCGACCCCAUGAUCAUGCUGAAGCAGACGCAGCCGGAGCGGUACGACCACUUAGAGGGCCUGCUGACGAGCUCCUACUUCGACCCUCGGGAGGCCUACCCGAGGGGCAGCAGCAAGGAGAAGCGGCGCAGGGCCAUAGCGGAGGCGCUGGUGAGGGAGGUCAGUGUGGUGCCUCCUUCUCGCCUCAUGGGGCUCCUGGAACAAUCCAUGAGGCUGCAGCAGUACCCGGGUCACCUGUCCCCCGACACCACCAUUGACGGCUCCGGCGCCAAGGAGCGACACGUGGAGAAAGAGAGCUUUCCGACCCAGCUGUACCGCCACAUCAAGUUUGGACGGCGGUCUCAUGUGGAGUGCGCCCGUUUCUCCCCUGAUGGGAAGUACUUAGUCACCGGGUCAGUGGACGGGUUCAUUGAGGUCUGGAACUUCAACACUGGAAAAAUUAGUAAGGAUCUGAAGUACCAGGCCCAGGACAGCUUCAUGAUGAUGGACGACGCCGUGCUGUGCAUGUGCUUCAGUCAGGACACCGAUCUGCUCGCAACGGGAGCUCAGAACGGAAAAAUAAAGGUGUGGAAGAUCCAGAGUGGCCUGUGCCUGCGCAGGUUUGAACACGCCCACAACAAAGGUGUGACCUGUCUGAGCUUCUCCAAGGACAGCAACCAGAUCCUGAGCGCCUCCUUUAACCAGACCAUCAGAAUCCAUGAGCUGAGGUCGGGGAAGACACUAAAGGAGUUCACCGGUCACUCCUCGUUUGUAAAUGACGCAUCUUUCACUCCAGAUGGACUGCACGUCAUCAGCGCCUCAUCUGAUGGCACAGUGAAGAUUUGGAAUACGAAAUCCUGCCAGUGCAUCCACACUUUCAAAUCUCUGUCCCUGACAUCGGAAGUCCCCGUCAACAACGUGAUCCCUCUGCCCCAGAACCCAGAGCACUUUGUGGUUUGUAACCACUCCAACACAGUGGUCAUCAUGAACAUGCACGGCCAGACUGUGAAGACCUUCAGCUCGGACAGAAAGGAAGGCGCUGACUUGGUGUGCUGCACCGUGUCGCCCCGCGGGGAGUGGAUCUACUGCGUGGGAGAGGAUCUCGUGCUGUACUGCUUCAACUACACGACGGGAAGGCUGCAGAAAACGCUGACUGUUCACGAGAAGGAUGUGAUCGGCAUCGCCCACCACCCACGCGAGAAUCUGAUCGCCACGUACAGCGAGGACGGCCUGCUGAGGCUUUGGAAACCUUAA